AUGGCGGAAAGAGACUUCUCACACCUGUCAGAUGUUAUGGGGAGCCUGCCCAUGCUGAAGAGGUACAUAGUGAUCUGCCUGGCAUUCGAGCUCGACGACUAUCAGACAACAGCAACUGAUGUGGAAACUGCUCUGAAGGAUGCCCUCACAAGACUGGCAAGCGCGUUCCCUUUUCUCACCGGUCAGGUCGUUAUGGAGGGACGACGGGAAGGCCACAGUGGACGACCCAAAAUCAUUCCUCUCCAGCCGACCAUCAGUCUACAUUCGAAAGACCUCCGGCAUGAUCCUGAAUUCCCCAGCAUGCAGCAGAUGCGUCAAGCCCAAUAUCCUAUCUCCAUGCUCAACGCUGAGGUCUUGAGUCCGGCGAUAGCCGUCAGCUGGUCUUCCGAGGGCUUCGAGAACACCGCCCCUGUCUUCAUGCUGCAGACGAACUUCGUCCGUGGGGGCUUGAUACUGACCGUCGCUGGGAACCAUAUGACGAUGGACAUGACGGGACUGGGGAUGGUCAUCUCGUUGCUCUCCAAAGCCUGCCUCGCCGAACAAUUCUCCGAAGAAGAGAUCCAACAGGGCAAUCGAUCACGAGGAGAUGCUGUCCCAUUACUCGGAGAGGACUAUGAGCCAGGGCCCGAACUCGACGAUGCCUACAUGAAACCGCGCGCGACGGAGGAGAAGAACAACCCGUCUCCCACCUCCGAGCCGACCACCACAUUUUCCCUCCCACAUCCCCCACCAAAAUGGGUAUACUUCAACUUCGGGGCUUCCGCCCUCUCCACCCUCAAGAGACAAGCCAGCAACCAGACCAUCACGCCUUAUAUCUCGACCGACGACGCCGUAGGUGCACUAUGCUGGCAGGGCAUCUCGCGGGCACGCGCCUUACGCCUCGGCGACCAGGUCCGCACAGUGUUCGCGCGACCCAUCAGCGCCCGCAAAUACCUCGGCCUGCAAGGACUCUACAUCGGCCACAUGGUCGACAUGGUAUACAGCACCGCGACGGACGUGCACGCUCACCCAUUAGGCCCCACGGCAGGCCGCCUGCGCAGCCUUCUCCUCGAAGACGCCAAGAUCACACAGCACGUGCGCGCAUUCGCGACGAUGCUGGACCGGCUCGACGAUAAAUCCGUGCUCGUCAACGGUGCAUGCCUGGACCCGCAGCGCGAUAUCGUGCUGUCGUCGUACGCGAACAUCCGCUGCUGCGAGCUGAGCUUCGGGCCGGUGUUGGGCAGGCCCGAUGCGGCAAGACGCCCCAGUAUGCCGCCUUGGCCGUCGCUGUGUUAUUUGAUGCCCAAGUCGCGUGCUGGGGAUAUUGCUGUUGCGUUGUGUCUAAGUGAGGUGGAUAUUGCGGCGUUGAGGAGUGAUAAGGCGUUUACGGAGUUUGCGGAAUACGUGGGCUAA